AUGUCUGUUCCUAACUUCGGAGACAUCGCCAAGUCGGCCAACGACCUUCUCAACAAGGACUUCUAUCACCUCUCUGCCACCACCUUCGAGCUCAAGAGCAACACCCCCAACAACGUUGCCUUCAAGGUCACCGGCAAGACCUCCCACGAGAAGACCACCGCUGGAGCUACAUGGAACACCGCUGCCGCCCUUGACACCAAGGUCGAGCUCGCCGACAGCCUCGCCAAGGGCCUGAAGGCUGAGGGUGUCUUCUCCUUCCUGCCCUCCGCCGGCGAGAAGGCCGCCUCCAAGAAGGGUGCCAAGUUCAACCUUACCUUCAAGCAGAGCAACUUCCACAGCCGCGCUUUCUUCGACCUCCUCAAGGGCCCCACUGCCAACAUCGACGCCGUUGUUGGCCACGAGGGUUUCCUCGCUGGUGCCUCUGCUGGCUACGACGUCCAGAAGGCUUCCGUCACUGGCUACGCCGCCGCCGUCGGCUACCAGGCCCCCACCUACAGCGCUGCCAUCACCGCCAGCGACAACCUCAGCGUCUUCGCUGCUUCUUACUACCACAAGGUGAACAGCCAGGUUGAGGCUGGUGCCAAGGCUACCUGGAACUCCAAGGCCGGCAACAACGUCGGCCUCGAGGUCGCCAGCAAGUACCGCAUCGACCCCGUCUCCUUCGCCAAGUUCAAGGUUAACAACAACGGUGUUGCCGCCCUUGGCUACAACGUACUCCUCCGCGAGGGUGUUACCCUGGGUCUUGGUGCCUCCUUUGAUACCCAGAAGCUCGACCAGGCUACCCACAAGCUUGGCGCUAGCUUCACCUUCGAGGGCUAA